GUAGUCAUGAGACUGAUUGCCGGUUUGUCUUCUCCGGCGACCUACUCCGGUCGGGUAUUCGCUUACCCAAGCCACAGAACGGUGUCGUAUUUCCUGAAUCCAUCUUCAUCCUCCGCUUCCUUUUUCAGACUAUAUGAUUCCUCCAAACCGUCACGCGUCUCCGUAUCUGCUUCCACAUCGAAAUCUUCGCCGACGGUUGUUGGCGGAGACAGCGUCGAAACGUCGACGUAUCAACAAUCGGAGAACAUCGGCGUUUCUCCGGAGUGGCAGGAUGGUUCACUGAACACGCAAGUGGGAACUCCCGCCAUUUCUCGGAGCUUUAUCUCUGCUCCCAAAUUGAGCUUAAGCGACCAAGCUUUCUUCCUCUUCUCCUUCAUCGCUCUCACGACUUCUGUGGCGUUUACGAGCCUGGUAAUUGCAGCUGUACCAACGCUAUUUGCAAUGCGAAGAGCAGCAAUUUCUCUUUCAAAGUUGGCUGACACUGCUCGUGAGGAGCUUCCUAGUACAAUGGCUGCCAUUAGGCUUUCUGGGAUGGAGAUCAGUGACCUUACUCUAGAAUUGAGUGAUCUAAGCAAAGAGAUUGCAGACGGUGUCAGCAAAUCUGCUCAAGCUGUCCAAGCGGCAGAAGCUGGCGUGAGACAAAUAGGUUCGCUUGCCCACCAGCGAACAAUGACAAUGAUCGAGGAAAGAGCAAGCCUGCCAAUCAUAUCUUUGCAGCCAGUUGUUGCCGGGGCAGCCAAGAAGACUUCUCAUGCUGUUGGCCGAGCCACGAAAUCAUUACUGAAUAUGAUCUCCCGGGGCGACCAUGAUUCAAACAACGAAGAUUGAAGGACCCGGAUUGAUGACGGCUCAGGAUUUCAAUAACACUGCCACUGCCGUGUUUUCUUCCGUGCAGAAAUCAAAGCACACUGUAAUAACUGGUAAAUAGACAUGCGUUAGAUAACUGAAUACCGAACCUUAACAUAAAUACACAAGGUUUUGUGUAUUUAAUUUCUUCUUCUUCUUCUCUUUUUAAAAUAUUUUUAUCUUCAUUAGUCCAA